CACCACCAGUAAGCUAGCUAGCCACACCAAUGGCGCGCCUCGCCACCAUCCUCAGCUUCGGCGACCACGCCGACGACGACGCCGACGUCCCGGAGACAGAGCAGCACGAGGAAUACAGGGAGGAGCAACACCACGACGAAGAUGACGACGCCACGUCAGUAGCCAGCGACGACAGCUUCGAGUUCGCCUUCGCGCGCCCGCUCGUCACGGCGCCACACGCGGACGCCCUCGCCGACGACCUCUUCGCGCACGGCCGCAUCAUCCCGGCCUACCCCGUCUUCCACCGCCACCACGACGGCGCCUCCGCCUCCGCCUCGGCCUCCUCCGCCACGGCGCCGCCCUCGCCGGACACCUACUGCGCCUGGACGCCGCGGUCCGCGCCGGGGUCGCCGGCCCGCGAGCCUGCCACCUUCCCCAAGAGCGCCUCCACUGGCCAGUCCGUGCCCCGCUUCCGCAUCCGCGACCUCAUCGGCUCCGGCGCCGGGCGCAGGUCAAACAGCGACGGCAAGGAGAAGUUCCUCUUCAUCCAGCCCUCCACGCCCAAGACAACAACAACAACCACGCCACCCGCCUCCGCGGCGCCCGCGGCCAAGAAACCUUCUUCUUCCUCCUCGCAGCCAAAGACAAAGCAGAGCAAGAAGAAGGGCGCCGCCCCCGUGACGGAGAUGGACAUGGCCACCGCGCACAGGCUCUUCUACAGCAAGCCCGCCGCCACCGGCACCGAGAGGCCGUCCACCACCACCAAGAAGUCCUACCUGCCAUACCGGCCGGCCAUCGUCGGCUUCUUCGCCGCCGCGCACGGCCUCCGCCCAAAGCACCACCCGUACUAGCUAGCGAGA